CAGCCAUGAGUGGGAAGUCCCUGCUGCUGAAAGUCAUCCUCCUGGGCGAUGGAGGUGUUGGGAAGAGCUCACUCAUGAGCCGCUACGUCACCCACAAGUUUGACUCCCAGGCCUUCCACACCAUUGGGGUGGAGUUCCUCAACCAGGACCUGGAAGUGGACGGGCGCUUCGUGACCCUCCAGAUUUGGGACACGGCAGGACAGGAGCGCUUCAAGAGCCUGCGGACACCCUUCUACCGUGGUGCGGAUUGCUGCCUCCUGACCUUUGGCGUCGAUGACCGCCAGAGCUUUGAGAACCUGGGCCACUGGCAGAAGGAGUUUGCCUGCUACGCCAACAUCAGGGAUCCCGAGCGCUUCCCCUUUGUGGUGCUGGGCAACAAGGUUGACAAGGUUGAGCGGCAGGUGGCUGCGGAGGAGGCCCGGGCAUGGUGCCUGGAGCAUGGAGCCUACCCUUACCUGGAGACCAGUGCCAAGGACGAUACCAAUGUGGCGGUGGCUUUCGAGGAGGCGGUGAGGCAGGUGCUGGCCUUGGAGGAACAGCCGGAGCACUGCGCGUUGGGCCGCACGGUCGACUUGCACCCUGGUGCCAAGCCGGGGUCUUCGUGCUGCUGAGAGGCACCAGACUAGACUGACUGCUGUUUACAGAGGGAGGGAUGGGAAGUUCCUGAGCUGGAGGUCAACCCAAAGGGGACGGAGGGUUCUCGGGGUGGCCACUCCUCUGUUUAGCCUACUGAGCACCCAGCUGGUUA